GAAGGGGUGAUCGCGUCACUUCACUUCCCACUUUACCAACAGGAUGGCCAUGGCUUGCUCAAGCGACCAAGAAGAGCAGAUAGAGCUCUGGAGAAGUCGGGCGAGUAGGAAUGAACAUCCCCUGACAAACGAGGAAGGAUUUGAAGUCCGCCAUGGAACGAAAGAUCCCGACUUUAGUGCUGUUUCUGUGGAUCUUCUCAGGUACUGUCGCGGCCGAUUACGUGAGACCCCAACCUCGUAAGACCCUCGAUUUCCCAUCGGAACGCAAGGCCUCUUCUUAUCCCCAGCAGGUUCACAUUUCUUUAGCUGGAGACAGACAUAUGCGCAUCUCAUGGGUCACUGAUGGUAAAUCUUCCCCUUCAUACGUGGAGUAUGGAACAUCACCUGGUCGAUAUGACACUAUAGCUCAAGGAGAGAGCACUUCUUAUAGUUAUAUAUUGUAUAGCUCUGGAAAGAUACACCAUACAGUUAUCGGGCCAUUGGAGAGCAACACUGCAUACUUCUACAGAUGUGGAGGAGAGGGUCCUGAGUUCCAGCUCAAGACUCCUCCCGCUGAACUUCCGGUUACUUUUGCUGUGGCAGGAGAUUUGGGCCAAACUGGCUGGACUAAAUCAACACUAGACCACAUCGAUCAAUGCAAGUACGAUGUGCAUCUCCUUCCUGGGGAUCUGUCCUAUGCUGAUUACAUACAGCAUCGCUGGGACACAUUUGGUGAGCUGGUACAGCCACUUGCAAGUGCAAGGCCUUGGAUGGUAACAGAAGGAAACCAUGAGCAGGAGAGAAUUCCACUGAUUAAAGAUGGAUUUCAGUCCUAUAAUGCUAGGUGGAAGAUGCCAUUUGAGGAAAGUGGAUCGAGUUCGAAUCUAUACUACUCUUUUGAGGUGGCAGGCAUCCAUAUCAUCAUGCUAGGCUCAUACACAGGCUAUGAUGAAUACUCAGAGCAGUAUAAUUGGUUGAAGGCUGAUCUUUCAAAGGUUGAUCGCGGUAAAACUCCAUGGCUGAUCGUAUUGUUCCAUGCACCUUGGUAUAACAGUAACUAUGCUCACCAAGGUGAAGGCGAUGGGAUGAUGGAAGCCAUGGAACCAUUGCUUUAUGCAGCUGGGGUGGACCUAGUAUUUGCGGGACAUGUGCAUGCUUAUGAGCGCUCUAAACGUGUCUAUAGUGGAAAACCUGAUCCUUGUGGUGUUGUUCACAUUACCAUUGGUGAUGGGGGGAACAGAGAAGGUUUAGCUCAUAGAUAUAAGGACCCCCCGCCAGAGUGGUCUGUCUUCCGUGAAGCCAGCUUUGGUCACGGUGAGCUCAAGGUUGUGAAUUCAUCACAUGCAUUCUGGAGCUGGCAUAGGAAUGAUGAUGAUGAGCCGUUGAGGUCCGACCAGCUGUGGAUAACUUCUUUGACUAGUUCAGGUUGCCUCACUGAAAAGAGACACUCCUUGAGGAAAAUUCUCAUGGCUCCUUAGUAUUCACGGGUGUGAAGUCCUGAUGCCAAUGGUGAUAUGAAGUCCUUAUGAUGAUGUAAUUAGUUUCGGGUGAUGGCUUGUCAGUAUGUACUUUUUUGGAUUGGGAUGUCGGUAUGUACUUUGAGACGUUGCAAAAUUGACUGUAACCCAGUGGGAUCGCAAAACAUAUAUAUAUUUCUGGAAGAGUUGAGGGCCCUCAGGUCUCUUUUGCGCA